CGAGUCGGCUGGUCACGUGAGGCGCUCAGGGCCUGCCGCCGCUUCCCCUAGUCAGAGCGGAGCGAGCCGAGGCAGAGACGAAGAAACAAGAUGGCGGCCGAUGGCGAUCCGGAGCGGGACGCCGGCGAUUCAGACUGAGCGCUCGGCCCUCGCAACUCGGCGGCGCCCCCUCCCUGGCCCAGAACUCUUGCCGUGGGGAGGAGCUCCCCCGCAGCCGCCUGCCCGGAACCCGAGUGCCUUCGCUCGCCUCUCCCCACCCCGCUCCCUCUCUCCCCCCCCCUCGGCCAGCGCCCAGCGAUGCGGGGCCGGCGAGGCAGGCCGCCCAAGCACCAGCAGCCUGCGGCGGCCCCCGCUCGGGCGAGCACCCCGGCUCCACCCGCCCCACCGGGCCCCAUCGGGGGGCUGAGGUCCCGACUGCGGGGCAGCAGCCGGGGCAGGUGGGCGGCCUCGGCCCAGGCGGCUGGGGCUGUAGGGCCCAGGCAGAGGGGGGUCGGGGCUGCCCAGGCCUCUUCCUCCUCCUCCUCCCCCAGGGGGGGUGGCAGGAGGAAGGGAGGCGGCGGCGGCAGCGGCAGCAGCAGCAGCACCCCUGGUGGGGGAGGCAGUAGCGGUAGGGGCAGGGGCAGGGCUGGAGCGGCGGCGGCGGCAGCAGCCGCAGCAGCAGCGGCGGCGGGAGCAGGAGGCGGAGGCAGCCGAAGCAGCAGCGGCAGCCAAGGCAGGGCUGGGGCUUCUUCCAAGAGGAGCAGCAGCAGCAGCAAAGUGGUGUACGACGAUCAUGAGAGUGAGGAGGAGGAGGACGAGAGCGUGGUGUCCGAAGACGACGACGAGGAAGGGGACCCGGAGGAGAAGCGGGACUCCGACGAAGAGGCGGUGGUCAUGGAAGAGGAGGAGGACGACGACGACUCGGACUACCCCGAAGAGAUGGAGGACGAGGACGAUGCCAGCUACUGCACCGAGAGCAGCUUCAGGAGCCACAGCACCUACAGCAGCACCCCAGGUAGGAGGAGACAAAGAGUACAUCGUCCACGUUCUCCGAUACUGGAAGAAAAAGACAUCCCUUCCCUUGACUUGCCUAAAUCCUCAGAGGACUUAAUGGUGCCUAAUGAGCAUAUAAUGAAUGUUAUUGCAAUCUAUGAGGUACUGCGGAACUUUGGCACUGUUUUACGCUUGUCCCCUUUUCGUUUUGAGGACUUCUGUGCUGCUCUGGUAAGUCAGGAGCAGUGUACACUUAUGGCAGAGAUGCACAUAGUGCUUUUAAAAGCUGUUUUACGUGAAGAAGACACUUCAAAUACUACCUUUGGACCUGCUGACCUCAAAGAUAGCGUUAAUUCCACAUUGUAUUUCAUAGAUGGGAUGACAUGGCCUGAGGUUCUGCGGGUAUAUUGUGAGAGUGACAAGGAAUAUCAUCAUGUUCUUCCUUUUCAAGAGGCAGAAGACUAUCCGUAUGGACCAGUUGAGAAUAAAAUCAAAGUUCUCCAGUUUUUAGUGGAUCAGUUUCUAACAACAAACAUUGCGCGUGAGGAGUUAAUGUCGGAAGGUGUGAUACAAUAUGAUGACCAUUGUAGAGUUUGUCAUAAACUGGGGGAUUUGCUUUGCUGUGAAACUUGUUCAGCUGUGUACCAUUUGGAGUGUGUGAAACCACCUCUUGAAGAGGUACCAGAGGAUGAAUGGCAGUGUGAAGUUUGUGUAGCACAUAAGGUGCCUGGAGUAACAGACUGUAUUGCUGAAAUCCAAAAAAAUAAACCAUAUAUUCGACAUGAACCUAUUGGAUAUGACAGAAACAGGAGGAAAUACUGGUUCCUGAACAGGAGGAUUGUUAUAGAAGAAGAUUCAGAGUGUGAGAAAGAUAAGAAAAUCUGGUACUAUAGCACAAAAGUCCAGCUGGCAGAAUUAAUUGAAUGCCUUGACAAAGAUUACUGGGAAGCUGAUAUCUGCAAAACUCUGGAAGAAAUGCGUGAAGAAAUACAUCGGCAUAUGGAUAUAACAGAAGACCUCACUAAUAAAGCACGGGGUAGCAACAAAUCUUUCCUUACUGCAGCAAAUGAAGAAAUUCUGGAAGCAAUCAGAGCCAGAAAGGGAGAAAUAUUGGAGGAUAAAGGCUUAGUAGCUGAUGAAAUAGAAAAAGAAAAAGUCAAUGUUGAGAAUAAAGACAGUACAGAUACUGAUAAUGGCAAAGAGGAACUUCUAAACGAACAACUGGAUGUAAAUGAAACGUCACUGGAGGAAAGUUCUGAAAGAGAGCGAAAGGAAGAGCCAAUAGACGGGGAUAAAAGUAACUCUGUGGCAUCACCUAUUGGAGGCAACAUCACGAACCCUUCUGUGGGAGAGACUAAUGCUUUUGAAGGGAAGAACACAGUGGGCUGUGAAUCAGAAAUACUUGAUAACAACGUGGAAGAAAAGACACUGGCAUCAUCGGCCCUGAAAGACGUCUCAGGUACAGAAGAUGAAACCGCUAAGUCAAUUUCUAUCCUGAAUGAGGGUACAUCUGCUGAAGCACUCCUAUCUGAUCCAGAAAUCAGUGGUAACAAUGAACUACAUUCUCUGCAAAGUGACUUGAUGAGGUCAUCUGAUGAAGUGGAAAAUAUUGAAGGAGAAUCCCAGAGCUCAGAGGAGUUAGGGGAUAAAUCUAAUGGUGAAAGAAGUGAAUCUCCAAACACAGGUCGAAGCACCCCAGGUUCAACACGAAUGGUCACCAGAUUACGAAAUCCAGAAAGCAAACUCAGCCAGCUGAAAAGCCAGCAGGUUGCUGCUGCCGCACAUGAAGCCAAUAAGCUAUUUAAAGAGGGCAAAGAGGUCCUGGUGGUUAAUUCCCAAGGGGAAAUCUCCCGAUUAAACACCAAGAAGGAAAUAGUGAUGAAAGGAAACAUCAACAAUUACUUUAAGCUAGGUCAAGAAGGGAAGUACCGUGUCUACCACAAUCAGUAUGCCACCAAUUCUUUCGCUUUGAACAAGCAUCAGCACCGGGAAGACCAUGACAAAAGACGGCACCUCUCUCACAAAUUUUGUCUGAGUCCUGCUGGAGAGUUCAAAUGGAAUGGAUCUGUCCAUGGGUCAAAGGUUCUCACGAUAUCCACUCUGAGGCUUACAAUUAUUCAACUUGAGAACAACAUCCCAUCCUCAUUCCUUCACCCCAACUGGGCUUCGCACAGGUCUAACUGGAUCAAGGCUGUUCAGAUGUGUAGCAAACCUAGAGAAUUUGCAUUAGCUUUGGCUAUACUGGAAUGUGCAAUUAAACCAGUCGUCAUGCUCCCAAUCUGGAGGGAGUCUUUGGGACACACCAGAUUACGCAGAAUGACAGCUAUUGAAAGAGAAGAAAAGGAGAAAGUGAAAAAAAAGGAGAGAAAACAAGAGGAGGAAGAAACCAUGCAACAAGCAACAUGGGUGAAAUAUACCUUUCCUAUCAAACACCAGGUUUGGAAACAAAAAGGAGAAGAAUAUAGAGUAACUGGAUAUGGUGGAUGGAUCUGGAUUAGUAAAACACAUGUUUAUAGAUUUGUGCCCAGAUUACCUGGAAAUACUAAUGUCAGUUACAGGAAAUCACUACCAACAAAGAGUGACGAUGCUGUCAUGACAGAAAAACAGUGUGAACUGGAUAAAAGAAAAAAUCCAGCAAAAAUAAAAAUAGAGCAUGGUUCUUUGAAAGACAAAAUAAAAAACUUCCGUGAACCACACAAGAAGGACCAAAAAGAAAUGGAAAAUUCUGAGACAACAAAAAGAGGUCGAGUGAAAGAAGAAAGUGAACUGAAUGAAGAAAAAGCUGAAACUGACACACACUUAGAAAAAGCAAAUCAUACAAAAGAAGGAGAGAAAGAAACUGAUGGAAAUAAAGAUAUAAAAGAAGAACCUAUGGAGGUAGAUGAAGUGAAAAUGGAUACCUCUACAAAAUAUGAAGACAGCCUAAUCAAUGUAGAUUUAAUCAAUGUUAGUGAAGGUUUUCACUUAAGGACGUGUUAUAAAAGGAAAGUAAAAACAUCAAAACUAGAUGGACUACUUGAAAGGAGAGUAAAACAGUUUACAUUAGAGGAGAAGCAGCGACUAGAAAGAAUAAAGCUUAAAGCUAGUACGAGCUCUUCAGGUUGUAAACCUCUGAGUUCACAGAAGAAUGUGGAUGACUUAAAAAUAACUAAAGCUGGAGAUGGAAAGCAAAUUGAUUUAACUUCCCAAAACAGAACUCAUAUUGCAGAUACAAAUCAAGCUGAAAAUCUUGUUCAAGACCGCAUGUCAUCUAGCAAUCUUCACUUAACCAAAACUAGUGAACCAGUCCAAUCUUUGCCUUGCUUAAAUAGACUUUUAGAAGGAGAAGCAGCUGUAACCUCAAUUCAGUGCCCUGAUCCUCAGAGUUUGAUAGUGAAGAAUACUAAUGAAAGUGGUUCUGAAUCCGUGGAUACAGUUAAAAUUCAAAGGUGGAAUAAGGAAAGAGACAGUGAUAAUUUCAUUAUGGAGGACUCGGAGCCAGUAAAGAAAGAAAUACAAAAAUGUGGUGUCUUGGAGGACAAUGCAAAAUGCUCAGAGCAAAUCAAUACCACAGAGUCUCAGUGUGAAAAAGUUAUUCAGUCAAUGGUAACUGAAAGCAGCUGUGAAGGAGAUGCUUUAUCUUUGACUAAGGAAGGAGGUGAAGCAUUAAAAUCUGAAAAACAGGACUGCGAUUCUGUAGGAACUUGUGGUUUAGAACAUCAUCCUGAGGUGGUAUCACUGCAGGCAAAUGAAGUAAAAGAGAGCCUCUCAAAAAAUAAUGAAGUUGCAUUAAAUCAGAAGCUGACUCAGGGAGGCCUAAAACCACUAUAUACUGAACUCGCCUCAGAAAAGGCAUUUGAAACCAAAAUUCCUGACAUCAUUGGAGCAAAUAUCGAUGAGGUAGUGAAGUCUAAAAUAACUGAAACAAAUGGUGAAAAACAAAACCAGGAAAAGUGUGUCCCACCAAGUUCCCUGAACAAAUGCUUUGAUGAGAUUAAAAGUAUUGCUGACAAAAACAAUAAUAAAAAUGGAGAACUGGAUGCCCAAACAGAAAAAGAAAAAGGAGCAGCAUUUCAAAUUAAUGGGAAAGACACUGAUUUUAAAGCAUUACCUAAUGAAGAAGGCUUAAAAAGUGAGGCACUUGCACACACAGAGAGCAAUAUCGACUCUAAAGUCAACAAUAUUAACAAAAGCAAUCCUUUCAUUAAACCAUUUCCUUCUAAUGAACUUGUAAAACCAUUUAUGAAUGGUGAUGUUACUAUAGAAGAUACAAAUAAAAAAAAUAAUUUGGAAAGUGAGUUGUGUGUACAAAGUCCUAUGGAUACAGGUGGUGAUUCUGGAGAAAAUGAUUUGCUUCAAGAUCAUGUGUCACAGCCUAUUCAAAAUAAUGAGAGCAAGCAGUGUUCUUCUGAAAACUCUAGUCCUGUUAAUAAAACAUCCACGCCAGCCCUACCCUCCUGCAAUGAGAACAGUGUAUAUAGUGAAACAGAAUGCAUGGAAAUUGAACCACCUUGUGUUAAGAGAGCUGCCCUGUCACCCGUAAUUUCAUGUGAGGAAUCUAGCUUGAGUAAUGACUUUGCUGAUCAGAAUGGAUUACAAGCGUACAACAAAGCUGAAAGCAUCAAUGGAGAGAAUGCAGUAAAAGCUGUUGUUACAGAAGUGACUACUACAUCAACUAUUUCUACAGAAUCCAAAACAGUUUAUAAAGUAUCAGAGAUGUCUGCUAUCAAGGAUGAGAAAGAGAAUGUGGUGUCGUCCACUGAAAACUGUUCUGUAUCUACUGUAACUACAACCACCACCACCACUGUAACAAAGCUGACGACUCCUACUACAGAUACUAACACUGAUGUCAUUUCUGUAAAGGAGCAUAGUAAAACUGUGGUUACGACGACAGUGACUGAUUCCUUGACUACUCCAGGAGGAACGUUGGUGGCUUCUAUGACAGUGAGCAAAGAAUAUUCCACAAAGGACAAAGUGAAGCUAAUGAAAUUUUCAAGACCUAAAAAGACACGCUCUGGAACAGCAUUACCAUCUUAUAGGAAAUUUGUUACCAAAAGCAGUAAAAAAAGCAUCUUUGUUUUGCCCAAUGAUGACCUAAAGAAGCUGGCAAGAAAAGGAGGGAUCAGAGAGGUUCCUUGUUUCAAUUAUACUGCUAAGCCUGCUUUGGAUAUUUGGCCAUAUCCAUCACCAAGACCAACUUUUGGUAUUACUUGGAGAUAUCGACUUCAAACCGUAAAAUCUUUGGCAGGGGUUAGCCUUAAGUUGAGGUUGCUCUGGGCAUGUCUAAGGUGGGAUGAUAUGGCUGCCAAACCCCCACCUGGAGGAGGAACUACACGCACAGAAACAUCAGAAACAGAAAUUACAACAACUGAAAUAAUCAAACGGAGAGAUGUUGGACCAUAUGGAAUUCGAUCAGAAUAUUGUAUUCGGAAAAUUAUUUGUCCUAUUGGUGUUCCCGAAACUCCAAAAGAAACUCCCACACCUCAAAGGAAAGGUCUUCGAUCUAGUGCAUUGAGGCCUAAAAGACCAGAAACUCCAAAGCAAACAGGCCCUGUUAUAAUUGAAACCUGGGUAGCAGAGGAAGAAUUGGAACUGUGGGAGAUAAAAGCAUUUGCUGAAAGAGUGGAGAAGGAAAAGGCACAAGCAGUUGAGCAACAGGCUAAGGUUAGUGAACAGAAGAAGGCCGAGGAAUUCAAGGCCCAAAUGGAGGCUCAACUAAAACAGCAACGAUUGGCUGCCCAGCAGAAACGGCUGGAGCAACAAAAGCAGCUGCCUGCAGUAUGUGGUGCCACUACUGCUGUAACAACUAGCAGUACUGCAACCACAGUCUCCACUCCCCAGAAAGUUAUGGUAGGCCCAUUACCACGCUCUGUGCCCAGUGGAGCCAAAGUAGUACUUGCUACUAAAGUGGGAUCUCCAGCUACAGUAACAUUCCAGCAGAACAAGAACUUCCAUCAGACUUUUGCUACUUGGGUUAAGCAAGGCCAGUCUUCAACAGCCACAAGCACAACCGCUACAUCAGCAACAACCAUUUCCAGCAGCGGCCAGACUUUCCAGAUUGCAAGCAGUCCAGUAACUAUGGCAGGCAAAGUGAUUACAAAGCUGCCGCUGCCUGCAAAUAGCAAGAUAGUUGCUGUUAAUGUACCAGCCACUCAAGGAGGUGUUGUUCAAGUACAACAGAAAGUGUUGGGUAUCCUUCCAUCAACUACUGGAGCAAACCAGCAAACCUUUACUUCAUUCCAGCCAAGAACAGCAACUGUAACUAUUAGGCCAAAUAAUGCAACGACUGUAUGUACGACGAGUGCUUCACAAGUAAUUUCUGGUACACCUCUCCGCCCUGGGAUGACCGUUAUAAGGGCACCACUUCAGCAGUCAACAUUGGGAAAGACCAUCAUUCGAACACCUGUUGUGGUACAGCAAGGUAUUCUUCCAGCCAGCCAGAGUCAGCAAGUAGUGACUCAGAUCAUCAGAGGUCAGCCUGUUUCAACAGCAGUAUCUAGUUCUACCACAGUUUCUACUAGUCAGAAGAUAGCGACAACUUCAGGGGCACCAUCGCAGCACAUGCAACCACCAGCCACACCAUCACACCCUCCUCGUCCUCAACAGGGUCAGGUGAAACUUACAAUGGCGCAACUCACACAGCUCACACAAGGACAGGGUGGCAGUCAGGGUUUGACUGUGGUCAUUCAGGGGCAGGGUCAAACAACUGGCCAGUUGCAGUUGAUCCCCCAAGGUGUAACAGUAAUACCAGGACCAGGACAGCAGCUAAUGCAAGCAGCUAUGCCAAAUGGUACAAUUCAGAGAUUUCUUUUCACCCCAUUACCAGCAGCAGCUACUGCAGCUAGCACAACUACCACAACAGUUUCCACGUCAACAUCAGCUUCAGGAGAACAGAAGCAGACUUCUCCAGCACCAACACAAACACAAACACAGCCAGUGUCAGCACCUCCACCUGCUGAACCCCCGACUCAGCCCCCAGCCCAACCACAAGGGCAGCUUCAGAGUGUUCAACCUCAGACGCAGUCCCCUGCGCAGCUGCAGCCUGCUCAAUCUCCACUUCAGGCUGAUGCUCGGAUCCCACCGGAAGCGCAGACUCCAGCUUCCCAUCCAUGUGCAGUGAUCUCUGAAACACAGCCGCCGACAGCACCACCAGCUACAACUCCUGCCAUUGUUCAGACUUCAUCCCUGAGCCAUGCACAAGGGCAGCCUUUGGCUCAGGUUCAGAACCAGCCACAGACUGUUGUACACCCACAAACUCCACCCAAAGUCCAAACUGUUCAGCCAGCCCAAGUGCAGACCACAAUCCAUCAGCAGGUUCAGAUGCAGCCACAUCCUCCUCUACAAAUUCAGACUCCGCAGUCCCAGGUCCCAACAUCAGUUCCGACUUUGUCAACUGUACAAACGGUCAGUCAGGUUACUGUGCAGUCUCCGCGCCCUCAGCUGCAAAUUCAGCCCCCGCACACGAAAGUGAUUACCGUGCCCCAGCUUCAGCAGCAAGUCCAAGUGUUCUCCCAGCUUCAGCCCCACGUUGUGGCUCAGAUCCAGGCCCAGCAAGGUGGCAUGCCUCAGCAGAUCAAACUUCAGUUACCUAUUCAGAUUCAGCAAGCUGGCCCAGUGCAAGCACAUCAGAUCCAGAAUGUAGUUACUGUCCAAGCAGCUAGUGUUCAAGAGCAACUGCAGAGGGUCCAGCAGCUCCGAGAGCAGCAACAGAAGAAAAAACAGCAGCAUAUUGAAAUAAAACGUGAACACUCCCUUCAGGCUUCUAAUCAAAGUGACAUUAUCCAGAAACAGGUGGUAAUGAAACACAAUGCUGUGAUAGAACACUUAAAACAGAAAAAGACAUUGACUCCUGCUGAGCGUGAAGAGAAUCAGCGAAUGAUAGUGUGUAACCAGGUAAUGAAGUAUAUUCUGGACAAGAUAGAUAAAGAAGAGAAGCAAGCAGCUAAGAAACGAAAGCGAGAAGAGAGUGUGGAACAAAAGCGUAGUAAACAGAAUGCAACCAAACUUUCAGCUCUUCUCUUCAAACAUAAGGAACAACUGAAAGCUGAAAUACUGAAGAAAAGAGCACUUUUGGACAAAGAUUUACAAAUCGAAGUACAGGAAGAGCUAAAGAAAGACCUGGCUAAAAUUAAGCGAGAAAAAGAAAAGGCCCAAGCAGCUGCAGCCGCAGCCGCCGCUGCAGCCCCUCCCCCUCCCCCGCCCCCACCACCCCCUCCGCCCCCACCCCCUCACACUGCCAGUGCUGCAGCAACAACCACGGUCACAAUACCUGUUUCGUCCCACAAGAGAAAGCGUGAGGAGGAGAAGGAGUCGUCAUCUUCAAAAUCCAAGAAAAAGAAAAUGAUUUCUACUACCUCAAAGGAAACCAAGAAGGACACAAAGCUUUACUGCAUCUGCAAGACGCCUUACGAUGAAUCAAAGUUCUAUAUUGGCUGUGAUCUUUGUACUAACUGGUAUCAUGGAGAAUGUGUUGGCAUCACAGAAAAGGAGGCUAAGAAAAUGGAUGUGUACAUCUGUAAUGAGUGUAAACGGGCACAAGAGGGCAGCAGUGAGGAAUUGUACUGUAUCUGCAGAACACCUUAUGAUGAGUCACAGUUUUACAUUGGCUGUGACCGAUGUCAGAAUUGGUAUCAUGGGCGCUGCGUUGGUAUUUUGCAAAGCGAGGCAGAUCUCAUUGAUGAGUAUGUCUGUCCGCAAUGCCAGUCCACUGAAGAUGCCAUGACAGUACUUAGUCCUUUGACUGAUAAAGAUUAUGAGGGGCUGAAAAGAGUGCUACGUUCGUUACAGACUCACAAGAUGGCUUGGCCAUUCCUUGAACCUGUAGAUCCUAAUGAUGCUCCAGAUUAUUAUGGUGUUAUCAAAGAACCUAUGGACCUUUCCACCAUGGAGGAAAGAAUACUGAAGCGUUACUACAAAAAGGUGACUGAGUUUGUGGCCGACAUGACCAAAAUUUUUGAUAACUGUCGUUACUACAAUCCGAGUGACUCCCCUUUUUAUCAGUGUGCAGAGGUUCUUGAAUCAUUCUUUGUACAGAAACUAAAAGGAUUCAAAGCAAGCAGAUUGUGAUAACUUUAGUCUGAUCUUUCUUUCGGGAAUCAGAACUGGAUGUUUGGCUUAUUCUUUCAUUGUACCAUGUCAUUAACUUUUUUUUUUUUCUUAAUCCACACUCACGGUUCAUCUGUAAAAUAUGCUUGAAUGUGGAAGCAGUUAUUUGCUAGCAGCUGUGUUGGAAAAUGAAAUUGAUUCUUUGAAUUCUGUAUCAAAACAGUCCAAUAAUAGUAAUGGAAGCUAUGUAAUACCAUUUAUUUCCUGUCACUAAUAAAAAAAAUUUCCAAAAGAAGAUUUGAUGAAUUCUAACAAAAUGUGAUAUUUGUAAUGUACUUUCGACCAAUAAAUACGCACUAUCCAACCAUUUCCCAAAGCAAUGUAAAUUAGGUACAUAUUUAUUGCAUGUACCUCCCUCUCUGAGUACUAUGAUGCAACACUUCUGAAUUCUUGGAUAUUCCAAUUGAACAUUGUGUUUUUGGACAGAACUAAAGAUGUCUAUGUAGUGAAAGGUCAGAGGUUCUGUCUGUAGAUGGUGUUUGUCUACAAAAGAUGAACAGGAACAGCAACAUGGCUGCAUUCCCAGCUGAAUGACUGGCCCUUGGCAUCUGCUUAAAGCAUCUGAGGUCUCUUAAAUGAAGGGUGCUUAAUUGUUCCCUUUUUCUGCAUUCUUCAGGUCUCAUAACAACAAACUGCAGUCUACAGCUUCUUAAAGUUCCACGUGUUACCCUAACACACAGCAAGAAUCUGGUUGUCUGAAAAUUUUUAAUUGAGAAGCCAGAGGUUUUUAGUCAGGUUGUCCUGACAAGUCUUGAUGUAAACUGCAUUUUUAUCAGUCACAUCAAAUUAUAUUCUUGGCUAAUUUUGUCCAAAGGACAAAAGAAUGAAAAUCAGCAGCAUCAUUUUCUUGUCAAGAUCAAAUUGUGCUAUUGUGGCAGAAACAGGAAAAUGUUUUGUUGAAGGACAAGAGAGAAAACAAGCAAGGAAGAAGAAAGAUACAGUAAAAUGGGGUCAAGUUUUAACUCCAUGGAAAUGCCACAUCUGUUCUUCAGUGAAGAAGCUGGUUUAAAGUCCACACAGAGAACUUCUGACUGUAUUUAUUUAUUGUUGCAAAAGGACGCUUUUUUAUUGCUGCCCUCAUUUGUCAGCUAAUUAUUUUUUUCUUAUAAACCCCGGCCCUGGUUAUAUGUAACCCAUUCUGUAUCUUACCAUGAUUCCUGUAGAUAAAAGUACAAGAUGACCUCUAGAUGUCUUUUCUUUCUAUGAAAGGAGCUGCUAUGUACACAUGUGCACAAACUGGGAAUCAACAAUGAGUUUAUCGUUCAUGGUAGAUGAAAACAAUUAAGCUUGCAUAAAAGUUGGGCUAAGUGGUCAUGGACUACAGACUCUGUUGCCUUGAAUCUAACAGUACAAUUUGUCAUUUACUCUGCACCAGACUGAUAUGAGUAAAAUCUAUUUGAAGGUAUCUUGUUUGUAAACAUUUGUCAGAUUCUAAUUUUUUUCUUUUUGUAUUAAAAAUUCAAAAUAUGGAUGUAUAUGAAACAAAAUAAAUGGAGAUCAUUGUUCUCUC